GUGCAUCCGAGUCGGAAUCGUUCUACGUAUGUCAUUUUAUAGUCACUCCGCUAUGCGCCCCGCUUACUUAUUCCAGUGACUUCUUGGAAGCCCUUGAUGAGGGGUCUUUCUUCACCACAUCUCCAGCAGCGACCCCCUCCCUCAUGCCUACUCCCUCACUCUCUCAGGCCACUCCCUACAUUCCAAACUCUACCUCUGCACAUCCUCCUGAGGCACCUACUGAAGGGCAUGCACUCCCUCUUCUACCGUCUGCCACCAAGCCGCUGCAGAUCAGGAGUCAGGUACUCGCGAUGCUGAUCGACAAGUUUUUUUUUCUAUCGGCACAUGCCUUUGAAGAUUUGCUCAUGGAUGGUUUCCUCGGGCGUUGAUCUCAGCUUCGUCC